CAUGCGUGACGGGAGGGUUGUGACGUGUGCGCGUGGUCUCUGUAGCUGGUGUCUGUUUAUCGCUAUUCAAUCCAUUUCUGGCCUGUCAACUUCCGUUCUGUUUUAAUCUUACAAGAAAACUGUGUUGGAUUUUACAUGAUGGAACAGCUCAGAAGAACAUUUAUGAUCUUGGUGCAGACGUUCAUUUUGGUUUUAUGUAUGCCAUAUGUCGUCUUGUCUCACAAAGAAGGCGUGUCGGUGGUAUGCAGCAGGGAGCUGAUGGUUCUGGAGGUGCCGGCCGCCGGUGUGGAGGGCGUCAAGCUGGACAAGUGGUUCGCCAUGCCAGGCUGUCAGUUUGUGCGCACUGACGACAGCUUCACGCUCACCCUGCGCCUCGCUGACACUCCCUGCGGCAUCACGCGCGUCACCAACACACUUACGGCGAUGUCGCUGUACUACCAAAAGCUGAGGAUUUUCAACAGCGACGGCAGUCGGGAGCACCUGAUGGUGAAGUGCGCGCCCUCGCCCGGCAACAGCACCCACAACAUCGUCAGGAGGGACCUGCCACCAGAGUUUGUCGAGCCUGAUUACAUCGAGAUAACGUCAGAGGUGACGGGCAGCGCCCCAGUGCCCAUCCUGGGCGUGAGUGUGCGUCAGGAGAACAACCUCGUGGACGGCGCCAUAGACGUGGCGCCCGGCACGCCCCUCUCCAUGGAGGUCUUCUUGGACGAGGGCUCGGCAGGCACCUACGGCAUCUUGGUGAGCUACCUCGAGGUCACCAAUAACGCUCAGAAGAAGGAAGCCAUCGUCUAUAACGGCUGCACCAUCGACCCAAGUCUCUUCGAGAAUUUCGUAACGAAGAGCGGCGACUUCUUGUCUGCCAAGUUCAGAGCCUUCAAGUUCCCGGAGUCCAACUACGUGCUCUUCAGAGGCACGGUCGACGUCUGCCUCGACAAAUGUGAAGGGAUCACGUGCAGUGACGGCGAGAUCGGCUUCGGUCGGCGUCGGCGCAGCGUCUUCAGCAGCGCGCCCGCCACCAACAAACUCUUCGAGGUCACCAUGACAACCUUCAUCAAGUUCUCAGAGGAGUUCACCCACCAGGGCGUGCUUGGGUCGAGACGCGAGCCUGAGACGCUCCUGGCCGGCGGGGGCGGCGUCGCCCCCAUCAGCAGACGUUCCUCCGACAGCCCUCCUUCUGUGAUGUUCAGUGCCGCCCCUGCAACUGGCGUCGCGUCCUUCGUCGUCCCUCUCAUGUCCUUCUUACUCGUCAAGACUUUAGCUCUUAACGCUCGCGUAUGAUGUGUUUAUUGUACGAGGACCGCUCUGUUCUCAGUCUGUAGCGGGCAGAACAAAGAUAUUGUAGCUUGCGAUAAAAAUAACUUGCUGCUGUUGUACUCGCAAACGCUCUGGCGGUGAGAUCACAAAACAUCAACUUCUAAUUUUACUCGGCGUAAUUGAUUAUAAAGAUGGCAAGCAAUUAUCUAUAGGCCAGACUCACUCUGGAUGAGAGUUCGCCUCGUGCCGGAGUCUAAUUCUUUGAUUGCAAUAUUUCUGAUCGCUUCACUCACAAGAUGACGGAAUUUUUCGCUGCUUAUAUCUUUUUUCGUCAAAGACUCAUCAGAAACUAGAUGUGAUAAUAUUAAAGAUAAUCUCACUAACAACAGAAAAUUUCGCUCUCAUUCUUCGACAAAAUCAACGAUAUUUUAUCCCCUGUCUUUGUAAACCCAUUCCAGUGGAGUAGGCAUUGUGGGCCUCACGGCACUUGACCGAGACGAGACACACAUACUCCCUCUGUCAAUAAUGCACCCCAGAAUAAUAUGAGUUAAUUGCGUGGUAGAUCGUUAUUAGAGUUAUUAUUACCCACGACAGCAACCUGACAAAAGCUCUAGUAAAAGUCUUCCGCACCCUGUAGAUUAAUUAAAUGUGUUGUACACUCCAAGACUGGAGUCACACUCGGAGUGUGGCCAGACUGGAGUCACACUCAGAGUGUGGCCAGGAUGGAGUCACACUCGGAGUGUGGCCAGGAUGGAGUCACACUUCGGAGUGUGGCCAGACUGGAGUCACACUCGGAGUGUGGCCAGACUGGAGUCACACUCAGAGUGUGGCCAGGAUGGAGUCACACUCGGAGUGUGGUCAGGCUGGAGUCACACUCGGAGUGUGGCCAGGCUGGAGUCACACUCGGAGUGUGGCCAGGCUGGAGUCACACUCGAAGUGUCGCGAGUCACGCUCGGAGUGUGGCCAGGAUGCUGUUGCUACUCACGCUGGCAUGAGUUGUUGUAUGUAUUUUUCCUAGGUGUACUGGAAGUGUCCAAAUUUGUUGCCUUAUUCAUGCUUAUGAAGCUUCUUUAAUGUUAGUUAUUGAAGGAUCGACAACUUUGCCGUACAGGAUCAUUGGUCUGUCGCCCAUAUUCUUUUCAAUUAUGAACUGAGCGAUCGUCGGACAUUUAAGUUAGUUCAUUUUUAUAAAUACUCUUCAUUCAUUUAUUUUCAUUAUGAUAUGCUUCCAUAAUCUAACUGAAAUUAGGAUUUGUAAUUACUUAUGACGUAGUUAUUUGUAUUUGUGUAUGCGACGCUAACGAUGGUGCAUUUAUGUUUAGUAAAUGACGAUAGUCUAUGGCUUAAUGUGAAAUCGUUAGUUACGAUAAAUAGUGGAUAAUAUCUGAAAUUUUCUUCUUAACUAAUGCAUAACACAAUGUGCCUAUCACAGCAGUUCUAAUCGAAGGACUUGUAUAAAAUGACCGACAUGGAACAAACUGGAAGGUGCCACUUAUUUUAUAUUCAGUUUCACUUCCAGUCUAAUACUCGCCGCUUCUGCUAUAUUCAUAUAAUCAUAUAAUACUCACCCUAACAUACUCUUAAUAACAUUUAUUCUUGUGAGAGAACAGAAGAGCGCACCCGUGAAUAAAAUUCUUUUCUGCCCCCCUGAUAUUUUUGCUACAAAUUCUACGUCGACGAAAUAAAUAAAUAACGUGAAGUGUGUGAAAAAAGUCAUGGUUAGAAUAUGUCUAGAUUUAAUAGUAAUUCCUGCUAGACGUGAAAGUAAUUUUUCGCGCUAGUCUGGCAUGUCGUCUGGACUAUGGUUGAAUUAAUACAUAAUUGUAUUAUGUAUUAAUACAUAAUACAUUAAUUGUAUUAUGUAUUAUAGAUGCGUGCGUCGGUAUUAAUACACCGUGUGCCAGUGUCCGAUGGUCACUACAGGUGCCCGCGAGAAUUAUUUGUAUCGAUUGUAGUUCAAACGUGUUAAAGUCCAAUUGAAAUUAUAAAUAUUGGUAGAAACUUUCUAUGAAAGCUUCUAAAUGCUAUGAUGUUUAUGACAUGCAUUCUACUUUGAACGAUAGAUGCUCAUCCAUUAAAAAAUUUGAAAAUGAUUUGCAAGCAUACUUCUUGAAUAAUAUUUGCUGUACUUAAUCUAAUGAAAAUUAAUCUAUAGAAUAUUUGUCAGCAUUUGUUGAAUAGAGUGUUGAAUUAA